CCUUCAGGUUCUUUUAUGGCGUCAAUGUCCAAAAUUAAGUCCCACGAAAUAUAUGAAAUACCAAACGUAUUAAAUGAAUGCUCUGAAACUGAGAGUCACUUGUAUCUGACAGGUCCACGUGUCACAGAUGAUGGCAGUAUUAUUACAUCGCAGGUAGCUCCUGAAAGUUCCUUCGGCCUUUUCGAAAAUGCACAUAUAGACUAUAAAAGGCAAGAUUUUUCAGAUUCCAUUUCCAAUAGAAGAAAAACUCAUAUUGGCAUAUACGAAAUACUCAAUAAAAAAAAAAAUUUGGAGAGUUCUAGUUUGAAGAAUUUUGUACAAAACGAAGUUCAAGAUGAAACGACACUACAGCGUUACCAUCGACUUCGCGCCGAAGUCAGUGAGUUUAUUGACCAACUUCGUUCUGAGCGAGACAACGCGUCAUCAGUUACACAGUCUCCCAGUGAGUCUCAGAAGAAUGUCCAGCCAAUGGAUUUGGCCUCUAUCACAGACACCAUGUUUCAACUUCAAUCCGAUCUUUUGGCGGAGGCUAGAAAAACGGGGAUUACUAUGGACUCGCUUUUAGACGAUUCGUCUUUGUCGCAAUCUUUUGUGCAAACAGAUCUUACUAAGCAGCUGAUACAAAAAAUUCACACAUUUUCAGAUGCUUUGUGUAGUUCAACGGUUACCUGCCAAAAUUCAGAAUUUGCGAAUGAAUCUGAUAUGAUUCAGUACGAGUUGUAUUUGCGCAAGGACACAAGCAAACAAAUUAAGCUGGCAAAGUUAGCUGAUUUAGAGCAGCGAUUAUCUGAUCUCGAGCAUGUGGUCUACGGAAGUCAAAAUCCGAUUCACUCGAGAGCUGAACACAAAUUUGGAAAAAAAAGUUUAGUCGAGUUUGUGGAGGAAUUAAGUGCAAAAGUAGAUCUGUUAGACGACCAAACGAUUGAUCGGCUUUUAGACCGACUUUCUGUUUUGAGGGAGUCUUAUGCAUGCGUGAAGGCGCUGGAUGAUGAGCGGGAGGCCUCGGACAAAUGGGGUGUAGAAAAAACUCAGGUCGGCAAGUUAUUCAAGUCGUUGGAUCAGGUGAAUGAAAUCUCCUCUCAGCUUUCUUUCACGAUCAAGCGGUUGAGGCAGUUGAGGAGCCUUCAUGAAGGGGUGUCUGAGCACAGUCGACAAAUACAGAGUAUUCGGCUGGGACAAGUAGAAAUAGGGAGGACAAUUAAAAAAAAUGGAUUGGCGUUGUCUCAGUUAGAGGAGUGCCUAUCAAGAAGCAUGAAAACGAUAGAAGGAAAUUUACAGAUCGUCGAAGGUCGAAUAUCUCAGAUAAGCUAUCAGCUAGCAAGAAGGGAUAGGUAGGCAGAGAAAAGGAUAACUUUAAAUAAAAGCUUACGUGUCACGGAUAAA